GUUUCAGCUCAGUCUUUUAUUAAUUUCUGUUCCGAAAAACUUUGGCAAUGAUGAAAACAGCUCAGAGGAAAAAAUGAUAUACAGCACUUCUGUGAUGAGCAUGGUAAAACUUUUAGAAAUGGAAGAGUCUUUAAAAGCUAACCUUGAGGCAUACUUACAAGCUAUGCAGUCUAAGGUGGAUAAGAUUAAAUUAUAUCAGGAGUCGUUAAAGAGGGAAAGCUUCAACACGCUGGCCGAGAAGGAAGAGUAUAUGGCCAAUCCUUUAAAUGCCUUUCCUUUGGUGAGACGCCUCAAUCAAGAUUGGCCCAAGUGGCUAAGAUAUCUGAAACUGGCGAUAGCAACCAAGAACACCAAAGAAAUGGAAUUGCAAUUGAAGUCUGCUCCAAUUGAUGAUGACCUUAAUGUUGCCCUUAAAGGAAUGACGCGGAUCGAAAAAUUUUAUAAUCAACAUGCAGACGAUUUGUCAAAGGGUUUCCUACUUGGAAGGAAAUUUAACUCCCAUUUGACUGCCCCUGAUUGUAACGCCUUGGCUAAUUUUCACUACAAUCAAUCACGAUUCUCCGAAUCCACUCACUGGUAUCGCAUGGCUUUAAGACUUCAUGAGUUUCCCCAAGGCGAACUCUAUGAAAAAGUUUUGGGUUUGAAGAGGAAAAAAAUCUACAAAAAAUAUGCCAAGGCAUUGCUCAAAGAAUCUCUAACCUUGGAUAAAGUUAAGAUCACUUCGACAGAGAAAUCUGAAUGGGAUAGCAUGGCCAAAGAGGUCACUCGGGAAGACAAUUAUGACAACGUUAAAAACUUAAUUGAUGAAUACCUAACAGGAGACGAGAAGAUAUUUCAAGACGAAGCCGCCAAACGAAAGCGUAAGCCAACUAAACUAGAGCGCGGCUGUCGUGGAGAAUGGCCGAAGAAUACAUCGUCCCAACUAACGUGUCGCUAUAACAAGGAGACAUCUCCAUUUCUUAAGAUAGCGCCACUCAAAUUGGAGUUUCUAAGCCUGCAACCUUUGGUACUUCUUUACCACGACGUGCUCUACGAGCAGGAAUUCAAGCAAAUGAGGGACAUUGCCAUAUUUAAUGCCACCAUGGAAGAUGGCUGGACAUAUGUUAACUUUGACAAAAACGGAAAGCCAAAACCGCAAGAUUCUGUGGUUAAAAUGGUUACCUUUCAGGGCACCAUUGCUCCUUUUACCCUGAGUAUCAAUCGACGAAUUGCAGAUAUGAGUGGCCUGGAAAUGCUCGAGAACAUGGCUCUCUAUCUGACCAAUUACGGUCUGGGCGGUCAUUUUGGUAAGCAUGUGGACUACGUGGAGUUGGCCGACCGCCCGCCAGGCUUUUUUUCUGAGUAUGGAGGAGAUCGAAUAGCUACAGCUUUACUCUACGCAACCGAUGUUCCCUUGGGUGGAACUACUGUAUUUACAAAACUAAAGUUAUCCAUAGAACCCAAAAAGGGUAAUGCCUUGAUUUGGUUUAACUUGAAUCAUGCUGGGGAUCCUGAUCCCCUAACUGAGCACUCAGUUUGUCCUGUCGUAAUGGGUUCCAGAUGGACGAUAUCCAAAUGGAUACAUGAACGCCAGCAAAUAUUUAAGAAACCUUGUCUAGCCUAAUAUGCCAAUAUAAAACUGUAUUAUUGCCGCCAUUAGUAAGGCAUAUAAAUAAAUAGC